AUGUGACAGCAACCAGCUCUAUCAGUUUUGAGUUUCUUGUCAGUUUGCAAACUUGAUCAUUCUGAGCACGAUCGAUCUAGAGAUCUGAGACACUAUCUCGAUAUGAGCACAGGGCCAAGUGCACAUGCAGCCCUCAUCCAGGGAAACCAAAGUCCAUUGGAGCCUGAUGCCCCCCACUCAGCUCUCCUCUACCUUUUCCAAGAGGUUUCCAAGCUACCAUCCCCUAUUCACAGCACUUUCCUGGACCCACAUUCAGCCUCCACUUGGCUAAAUGAGACUGCUGGACAAGGUCCUCUCAGUGUCAAAAGAGAAGAAGAGAGUAUGCAGCUGUUUAACAUCUCCAAUAGUUCCUGCCAUAGCAGCUUGUCUUGCUUGUCGCCUUUGAAUCAGAUGAAAAACGUGAAAGAGGAGAGUUAUAGCGGCAGGGUCACAAAUUUGGUUGAGCCACAACAGGAAUGUAACAGCCCCUGGAGAGUCCUGAGUCUGAUUAACUUACAGUGUGAGAGGCUUUUAAAUCCCAGUGAUGUAAAAUGGUCAGAGCAAAGCUCUGAAUCACCAGACACAACAUUAGACAAUUUAAUAGCCUAUGCAGUGAAUACAACAGCAAAAUAUUCAGAUCAGGGAGGUAAUUCGCUCUCAGAAAGCCAAAAAAUCCCAGCAGGUGUCAGCCCAAGGAGGGAUGUAAGAGAAGCUGAGGGAUGUAAACCACAGGACUGCCUGAAGGACUCCUGCAUGAGCUGUUGUGUUCAGUCAUCAACUGCUGAAGAAAUCGACUCUUUAAGACUGGAGCUGGCAAAGAAAAGUGCAACAUCAUCUCCUCAAGCACAAAACCCAGUCACAAAAGCGGACAAGUCCAGUUUAAGCAGACACUUUGGGUGGAACCAGGAGUGUCAGGAUUGUCUCUCUUCUGAACAGAAUAUUUUGAAUGUCCUUUCGACUGAAAAUGCUUCUGUUAAUACAUUGUUGCCUUUUAAUUCAGAAGAAGAAACAAUACCAAAUCUGUCAAAGCCAGCUCUGACACUAGACCACAAUGCAAAUUUUACUUUUACUUCAGGACCUCUGACUGACAAUCAGCUUAUCUCUGCCCUGCCAUCAUCACAGUCAUCAUUACUCUUAUAUAAUACCCCAGAAAACUCUUACUCACUCUCAAACCAAGAAGAUCAAAUUACAGCACCUAAACCAGACAGUUGUGAUUGUCAUGUAGAGGAAAAAUCCCUUCCAAUUACACAAUUUAAUUCCUCAAUCUGUAACGGAGAAACAAACCCCACACAUCCUGCAACUUCAGGGCUGGGCCCUAAGCCAGUGCACAAGGAGGAUAUUGCUCCCGCUUCUACACAGCAGUGGAGAAGUAAGACUCCCAGAAAACAACGUCAUCCCAGCCGCAGUGCUGAUAUCCAGGACCCAGACUUUCAGGGUGUGACAUUUAGGAUGGACACAGAGCUCGAUGACAGUAAGGAGCACUGCCGGCUUCUUAUUACCUCCAAGUACAGCGGGGAGCUCUGCAAGAGAGUAAAAAAACCUAGGCUGAGGACUCGGACAGGCCUGAAAUCCCUGAAAACAAGCAGCUCAGAUGAGGAGAACAACUCAAGUACAUCUUCUUUCAAGGGUAAAGUAUGUGCAUCCUGCUGCACUAGGAAGACCCCCAUGUGGAGGGAUGCAGAGGAUGGGACCCCACUGUGUAAUGCUUGUGGAAUAAGGUAUAAGAAGUACAGAGUGCGCUGUGUCAACUGCUGGCACAUCCCCAGGAAAGAGAGCAGCUCCAACUCGUGCUGCCGCAAGUGUGGAAACUUUUUGAAGCUGACCUCAGCUCAGCGGAAACACAAUGACUAGGGAACCUUAGCAGGAGCAAAGGUUUUUAUUUCACAUGUGACAAAGCUCUUACACACAAACACACAGAAGUUGUUAACAACAUGCCAGGACCACAUUCACUCUAAACUCUCUACAUUUAGCAAACAAGAAGCAGCAGCAGCUCCUUCUAACAUCUUUCAAGAAUUAGUGUUUAAAUAAGCGUCCGAUGCUGUACAUGAGAGCAACACCAUUAACUCUCUUUGGCUUGACAACUGCUCUCUUACAUCAGAUAAAAAACAGCCUGUUUAAAGCAUGUGUGAAGGGAAAUGUGUUUUUCCAGCUGUGUAUUAUUAAAGCACAGUUUGUAGCAGAGCUGCAGAUCUUUUCCAAAGACACCCAACAGAUUGCAUAAAAAAGGCACACUGGGUAAAUUUUAGUCAUAACUGUUGACAUUAUCAUCAGAUAUCUUCAGUGUUGCUUGCUUGUAAUGUUCUGCAGAUCCACAUUUGUGAGUGAAAGUAAUUUAGUCCAGGAUCAAAACUGUAGCACAGCAUUGUGUUUAUUGUAAAGUUCAACAAUUUAUUCCACUUGACCUUGACAGCAUGACUGCUAAGUUCAGUAGAUACACAUUAAGUUGCACAUGUUAAUGAAGUUAUUUAAUUGAUUUCUCUGUUGUUGUUUUGAACGGGUUUUUACCUUGUUUGUUUGGGUUGUUGUCUUGGGUUGUGUCUGAAAUCACACACUCAAUCCCUAUUUCCUAUAAAGUGAGCAGUCUAUAGUGAACUAUAUUGUGCACUCAUCAGAAUUAUUUUAAAAAAAAAACCUAUGUUGGGCAUCACUCUGGCAGCUGAUAAUAAUGACAUCACGUCAUGUUCAUUAAAAAGUAAAGCAACAACACUCAGAGAUAUCCAGCGACGGCUUGAGAUUUGAAAUAGCAGUAUAAUUUUACUGAAAACUAAUACUAUACAAAAUAUUUUAACAAAAAAAAAAAGAUCUGUAAGUUUUCAGCAAAAUAAUGAUGCAUAUUUUCAUGCUGUAUCUCAUUUACUUGGGCAUACAGACAAUUGUCUGCUGUCUGUAAUAAACUCAAGAAAAAGGGUUGGUUCAUGCUAUAUCCUUGGCACUUUAUUUUAACAGAUUGAUGUAAAAAUGCGUCAAAAUGUUAUCUGUCCUUUGUUUCUGUGUUAUAUAUACAUGCUUGCUGUCCUCCACUUGUCCUGCUGACAUGUAUAAAAGGAGCCAAACGUCACUUUCUGCUUGUAAGUCUCUAGUUUUCAUAAUGCAUUGUGGGAUAUAGGGCUAAACGAUUUGCAAAAAUUAUCUAAUUGCAAUUUUUCUGUCCCAAUGUUGUGAUUGCAAUUUUAUAGGCAGUUAUUUUUAGGUUCGUUCUAUAUUAUAACCAGCACAGAAUUAGAUCAGUUAAACUAGGGAAUGAUUUUGAAAGAAAUAUCUAAUUGAGAUUUUGGCCCAUAUGGCAAAUUUGAUAUUAAUUGCUUUGUUGGACAGGAUGAUCUUUUUUUUAUAUUCUUGAACAUAUACAUGAACAAGAAGAGUAGGAUUUUUGUAAACUAUACUAAAAAAAGACUUGAAUGUUUGCAUAAUGUGUAGAGCAUAAAAUCUGUGCUGCAAAAAAAUGCAUCAAACUGGUAUUUUAACACAUUUCAGGUCAAAGAAAUAUUGCACUGUCUGCGAUUUGACAAUUGCAGCAGGUCAUUUUGUGAUUACUUGCCCAGCCCUAGCGGGAUAAUAUGAGUGCACUAAUAUCAGGUAUGGCAAUGCUCACUCAGAAUUUGGACAGCACUACAAAACGGCAUGUUUACUUUAUAGUUUACUACAUACUGGCCAGGGUGUGAUUUUGGACACAGUCUUGGUGCACUAAUCUCUUAGCAAUGCUGUUUUUGUGACAAGAAAAUAUAUUGUUGGCGUGAGUUGUGCAGGGUUUCAUGGGUAUUAAAUUCUGUAUAAAUCA